AUGGCGACGCGGAGGCAGUCUUGGCACUGGCCUAGGCUGAUGAUGUUUGCCAUUUCCUUUUGCCUCCUUGCAGUUGUCUCCUCCGCAAAUGACCUCUAUGAUAGCUCCCCGCCACCUCCCCCGUCGCCGUAUGGUUACGAGUCUCAUCCUCCACCGUCACCAUCCAUGAAUUCUCCUCCUCCACCACCGACGUAUUCUCCUCCGCCUCCCCCGCCAACUUACUCUCCUCCUCCACCACCGACAUAUUCACCACCCUCACCCCCACCACCUAAAAAUUCCCCUCCGCCUCCGCUUCCUACCUAUUCUCCUCCACGACGCACAUAUUCGCCUCCUCCACCUCCACCACCUACGAAUUCCCCUCCACCCCCGCCCCCUACUUACUCGCUGCCACCGCCAAUGUAUACUCCUCCACCUUCACCACCAACAUAUUCACCUCCUCCACCGCCACCGCCUACGAUUUCCCCUCCGCCUCCACCCCCUACUUAUUCUCCGCCGCCACCGCCGCCAUCAUAUACUCCUCCACUGCCACCACCUUUUAAUUCCCCUCCACCGCCGCUUCCCACUUAUUCGCCUCCACCACCGACAUAUUCACCGCCUCCACCUCCACCCCCUAUGUACUCACCACCGCCGCCAACAUAUACUCCACCACCUCCGCCACCGGCGUAUUCUCCACCGCCACCACCUAUGAAUUUCCCUCCACCUCCACUCCCUACUUAUUCUCCUUCUCCGGUUCCAUUACCAACAUAUUCUCCUCCACCUUCCCUGCCACCACCUACGAAUCCUCCUCCACCUCCACCCUCCAGUUAUAAUCAACCAGCACCAACACCAUCUUAUUAUUACAACUCACCCCCUCCUCCUCCCAAGUACAUAAUUCAUCCCCCUCGGCAUGAUAAAUCUCCGCCACCGCCACCACCAAAGUAUGUGAUUCACCCUCCUCAUCGUCACAAGUCUCCACCCCCUCCUCAUAAGCAAGUAAUUCAUGCACCGUACUUCUCUAAGUCCCCCCCACCAUCCGAACAUCCUCUGCCGCCGUAUAGAUCACCACCUCCACCAAAGCAUGUCAGAAAGCCAACACAUCACCGUAAGUUCUCGCCGCCUCCAUCACAAUUGCUGCCGCCUCUUUAUGAGUAUAAAUCACCACCGCCACCAUCAUCGCGGUCACCCUUGCCUCCUCACAUCUACAAAGCACCACCUCCACCAUCACCGUCAUCACCAUUGCCAUAUAACAACAACUCUCCUCCACCACCUCCAUCAUCCACUCCUCCUUAUGUUUAUAAAUCACCACCACCUCCGUCGCCACCACCGCCACCAUAUGCUGACAGGUCUCCUCCACAACCUUCUCCAUCACUGCCACCACCACCCUACUAUCACAUCUCUCCGCUACCACCGCAUUCUCCAACUCCCGGAAUUCCCUACCAUUUUAGUUCACCACCUCCACCUCCACCACCCUCUCCCUCUCCACCACCUCCCUACAACUAUAACUCCCCUCCUCCACCCUCAACAUCCCCACCACCUCCUUACAUCUACAAGUCACCACCUCCACCUUCAUCUCCCCCACCUCCUCCAUCUCCAUCACCCCCACCUCCUUAUGUUUACCUAUCACCACCACCUCCAGUGAACUCACAACCUGGUGGUUCAUACUCCUACAGUUAUCCUCCCCCACCAUCGUCACCACCGCCUCCCAUCGGCUAUUAA